AUGGCCCGCUCCUUUGUGCUGACCGGUGCAGUUCUCCUCGCCUGCGGAGCUCUCUUCAGCGCAUUUGUGCCAUCUCCUCGUAGCUCUCCGGCAGUCUCCGCCCCAACUUUGUCCUCCGAAACAGCAGCAGCGCUGAGCGCCGCCACUCUUGUCGCCCCGCAGGCGGCCUUCGCGGAUGAGGGUGCCGUGUGGAUCCCGGCGCUCAGUGCCAUUGGCGCCGGCUUCGCCAUCGGACUUGCUGCUAUCGGCUCCGGUGUUGGCCAGGGCAUCGCUUCCGGCCGAUGCAUUGACGGAAUCUCGCGGCAGCCUGAGGUGGCAGAUGACCUGCGAGGCGUGCUUCUGCUGUCCCUGGCGUUCAUGGAGUCCUUGACGAUCUACGGGCUGGUCAUUGCCCUCGUGCUCCUGUUCGCCAACCCGCUCAUCAAGUAA